AUGCCACCAAUAAACAAAAACGCUACAGAAGAACAUCGUCGAGCACAACAACGACUGUGUAAAAAGAGAAAAUACUUAGAAAUAAAAAAUGAUCCUGAGUUAUUAGCAAUUGAACAAGAGAAAAGGCGCAAUAAGCAUAAGAAAAGAAAGGAAGAAGGUAAAAUCAAAUCUAUAAAGAAACGCACUCCACGAGCUCAACGUGAGCAAAGAAAGAAACGGAAGGAAAAUUCCAAAAAGUACAGACAAAUGAAAAAACAAGAAGAAACGACGGCGAUGCCUCCAUUUGAACCAGUUUUAAUAGAAGCUGCAGAAGACGAUAAAACCGAUGGUGUUAAGAUAGAGGGACAGAUCAAAACAGAGAGACAACAUGAUCCAUUGCAUCAAAUGUCUCCUGCUAUCAAGGCGGUGGUAAGAAGAAGAGAAUUUUCGGCGUUACAUGGCACAUCACAUACACCCACUGCUCUAGCUGAAGAGCUAAAGAGGAUAGUACAAAAGUGGAAUAUUGAAGGUAAAAUUCUACUCGCUGUGUCGGACAAUGGAGCUAACAUAAAAUGUGCCAUAGAAAAGUAUUUGGGAUGGAAACAUUUCAAUUGUUAUUUAAACCUAGUAGUAUAUAAGGCAUUAGAACAUGAGAAAAUUACAAAUAUAAUAGACAACGCUAAAGCAAUUGUUGCGUAUUUAAAAAAAAGUAAUGUGGCCUGGGAAAAAUUAAAGCGCUACUUAGAACAAGCUGGAAAACCUAUCAAACGGCCUCUUCAAGAAGUUCCAACAAGAUUUAAUUCAAAAUAUUACAUGCUUGAGCGACUGUUGGAAUUAAAGGAUGAAAUAAAUAGUGCUCUUUCUAAUUUAAAUGCCAGCGUUCCAAUAUUAUCUGCUCAUGACUGGGAUAUAAUUCAAAAACUGCUGCUAGUUUUAUAG